AAUUCUACAACUAUCAGUUACAAGAAUUUUGUUGAUUGCGCAUGGCAAGUUCUGGCUUGUGCUAUUGUUGAUUGCUCAUGCUUAUUGUGAAUGGAGGAGUGAAGUGGAGGGAACAUAUUGUAAAUGUCAACGUUCUCAGCUCAUGUGUUUAUUUUGUUAAAGCUUUCUUGAUGAAUUAUACAUCACUGUUUCAGUUUGAGAAUAGUGGGUUUUGCAGAAAGUGAUGGAAUGUGCCUCAUACUUGUGUAAUGCUUCUCCUUUUAAUAAUUUUGGUACGUCGAUCUUCUUCAUACAUAUUAUGUGGUAUCAAAAUCUACUUCUCUGCACUACGUAUUGUAGUGUCGGUCUCUCAGUAGCUAUGACAAGCCAUUAGAUCAUCAUGCUGAAAAUGAAAUCCUAACAUGAAGCCAACCUUGACAGGAGAGCAGUUCCAUUCAGCAAAAGUAUCGCCAUUUUAUAUUUGGUUGUCGGUGUAUUUAACAAGUCAAUAUUAGCUCACAAACCUUCAAAUGAUCAACCAAUAAUGGAACCUAGACAUACUUAAUUGUCCUCUAUAUAUCAAAUGAUCAAUCAAUAAUGGAACCUAGACAUACUUAAUUCUCCUCUAUAUAUAAUUGUCCUCUCUCUCUAUAUAUAUAUAGAGGACAAUUAAUUAUGUCUAGGUUCCAUUAUUGAUUGAUCAUUUGAAGGUUAUAUAUAUAUAUAUGAGGUAAUGGGGUUGGGAAUGCAUAUAGAGUUCAUAAUUGAUGAAGUAUGGUUGUAAUAUGUCUAGGUUCCAUUAUUGAUUGAUCAUUUGAAGGUUAUAUAUAUAUAUAUAUAUAUGAGGUAAUGGGGUUGGGAAUGCAUAUAGAGUUCAUAAUUGAUGAAGUAUGGUUGUAAUGGAAACUUUUAUAAUCCUCUUUUCAACCUCUCUGUGUCUCUACCUUCUCUGGAAUCUCAUAAGUUUCCUUCACAAAGUAUGGUGGAAACCAAUUCGCAUACAGAACAUGCUGAGCUCACAGGGGAUCAAAGGACCGCGUUACAAGUUCCCCCAUGGGAGCACCAAAGACAUCAUCAACAUGAGAAGCCAAUCCAUGGCCAAACCUAUGGAUAUAUCACACGAUAUAUUUCCAAGAAUUCAGCCUCAUGUUUAUGCAUGGACAAAAAUCUAUGGGAUGAAUUUUCUUAACUGGCAUGGUUCAAAAGCCCAACUGUUUGUCACGGAAUCAGAGCUUAUCAAAGAAAUACUGAACGACAAAGAAGGUGCUUAUCCAAAAAUGGACUUGGAUGGCUUUGCAAAGAAGCUGUUAGGAGAAGCGCUUAUGACAAAUGAAGGCGAGAAAUGGGAGAAGGUACGGAAACUGGCCAAUCACACAUUCCAUGCCGAGAGCUUGAAAAGUAUGAUUCCAGCAAUGAGUGAAAGCGUUGAGGCGAUGCUAGAAAUGUGGAAAAAUUACGAAGGGAAAGAAAUCGACGUGUUCAGAGAAUUCGGGGUAUUAACAACUGAAGUGAUUUCCAGGACAGCUUUUGGGAAUAGUUACUUGGAUGGGAAGCACAUAUUUGAUAUGAUGGCAAAGCUCACUUCUCUAACUGUUAAAAAUAUUUAUAACAUUAGAUUCCCUGGCAUAAGCCGAAUACUAAAAAACAGUGAUGAGAUUGAAGCAGAGAAACUUCAACGAGGAAUAAGAAAUUCCAUUCUGGAGCUUGUAGAGAAAAGGGAGAAAGUGAAGAAUGGAGAAAUAGACGACUAUGGGAGCGAUUAUCUUGGACAACUUGUAAAAAUGGCUCAUGAAUCGGAUAUAAACAAGAGGGUUACGCUGGAACAAAUGGUAGAGGAGAUCAAGGCAAUUUACGGUGCAGGACAUCUGACGACGAAAACCUUGCUUGGGUGGAGUGUUCUUCUUCUAGCAGUGCAUACAGAAUGGCAAGAGAAAGCAAGGAAGGAGGUGCUUGAGUUGUUUGGAACAAAGAAUCCUACUUCAGAUGGCAUUGCAAGACUAAGAACUAUGAACAUGAUCAUUAAUGAGUGUCUAAGACUAUAUCCACCGGCGAUGACCAUGACAAGGAAAGUUCAGAGAGAAAUCAAAUUGGGGAACCUCACUCUUCCAGCUAAUAUCGACAUUUUCAUUUCGAUUAUAGCACUUCACCAUAACCCUGAAAUAUGGGGCAAAGAUGUUCACCAAUUCAAACCAGAGAGAUUCAUGGAAGGGGUUGCUAAAGCCACCAACAACAACGCGGUGGCAUUUUCCCCAUUUGGUUUGGGACCCCGAACUUGUGUGGGAUUGAAUUUUGCAACCAACGAAGCAAAGAUCACACUUUCGAUGAUUUUGCAGCGAUACAAGUUCACCCUUUCACCAAAUUAUGUUCAUAACCCAGCUGAUAUAUUCAUUAUGAUCCCCAAAAAUGGAGUUCAAGUCAUCCUCCAACCUUUCUGAGUGUAAACAAGAGUCGGCGGCAAUAUGUAUAUGAAUAAGGUGGAGAACACAGUUUGUUAAUAUAUGAGUUUGUUGUGGGGUCAAAUGUAUAUAUGAUCAUGAUCAAAAUAUGAUUAUUUAUAAAGUAAUGCAACUUUGAUGGUUUAGACAAAGACAUU